GCUUUUCGAAGAAGACUUCCCCGACGUGGCGCCUUGCUGCUGUCUUUGGGAGGAAGAGCCUUGAAAGCUGAGUUGCCCCGUCCCUGCCGGUGCCUUUCCUCUCCCUUCCGAGCCCGGGGGAGCCCCAGCGGGUUCUGCUCUCCCGGCGAGGGCGUGGUCGUCGAGGAGGAGCCUGCCCGGCCCUGGAUCUCCCUCGCCUAGGCGGCGCAGAGGCGCAAAGGCUCAGACGGAGGAUGGAGCGGCCGGGCGCAGCGAGAGGCUCCCGACGGCGCGCCCUGUCCGGAGGCAGGACCUGCGGGCGUUCCUUCUCGCGGCUGCUGCGGGCGCGCAGAGCAGGCGUCGCGGGUGGUGGAGGGUCCCGGGGGAAGCCAGAGGCUGAGGCUGCCAAGGCCUGUGACUGGCUGCGAGCGGCUGGCUUUCCUCAGUAUGCCCAGCUCUACGAAGAAUCCCUCUUCCCUCUCGACAUUGCCUCUGUGAAGAAGGACCACAACUUCUUGGACCAGGAUUCCCUCAAAUCCCUCUGCAGGAGACUCGUGACACUGAACUCGUGCGCCUCGAUGAAGCUGGAGGUCCACUUUCAGCGGAAACAGAAUGACGACUCGGGAGACGAGGACUUCUGUGCCAUCAGCGAUCGGUGGGCUUUCCAGAGAGACAGCCGUAGGUGGUCCCGAAUCGGCUCCGACGAUUUCCUCUCCCGCAGCCCGGAGGCAGCCUCCACCAUGAGGAAGCUGCCCAGCCAGGAGAGCAUCCUCACUGACCUGAGCGCUGAGCUGGAGGCCUCCUCUCUCCACAGCGACCCCCCCAGCACAGGCGAGUGUCCUGCUCUCCCUGACCCGUCCUCCACCCAGGAUUCUCUGACCUUGACCCUCUCCAUCCCCAGCUUGGAGGAACCCUCGCCCACUGACCAGUCCCAGGACAUGAGUGGGACCAGCAAGGGGGACACCAGGAAACGCCGGACUCGGAGCUUCCUCAGGAGGAUUGAGUCCCUCAGGAGGAAGGACAAGGAGAAGCUGGACUCUGCCAAAGCCCAAAAAGAGGAUGGGGCAGAUGCCGAGUCCUGGUGGAGCUCCUCAAAAGAACCAAGAAGCGGGGUGUCGCCUUCUUCCUGCGGCAGCAAAACGCUUCCCUCAAGAGGGCGCCGGGCCAACGGGGCCUUGGGCCCAGCUGGGGAGCAGCCCAAACAUGGUAGCGUUUACCUGGAGGACUACGAGGCAGGCCGGGGCAAGGGCACCCCCUGGGAUGCUGGCGGAUUGGGCCACCACGACCUGUUCGAAAGGGACUAUUUGGUCCACAUCCCCAGAGACUACAAGCCGGGCACUUUCCCCAAGUCUCUCUCCAUUGAAAGCCUGUGCCCGCUCGAGAGCGGGUGUUUGCCUGACUGGAAAUCGAGCGGCCCGGCUUCAGGUCUCUUGCCAGGUGGGGUUGGGAUGGGCAGCAGGACAGGCGAGGCCUUGGAGUGCAGGCUGAGGCGGCCCUCAUGUGGCUCCACAGGCAGCUGCACCAGCCUCUAUGACAAUGUGCCCGAGUCCAGCAGUGUCACGGACGACCUGUUUGGCCUGGACAGGGACGUCAUCUACGAGAACCUGGACGAGAUCCUGGAGCACGUUUGGGGGCUGCAGAGGAAGGUGGAGCUGUGGUCUGAGGCCAUCCAGCUGGACCCGGAGGGCGGAAGCAUCGGUGGCGGGGAGGAGACGGACUCCGGAGGGGAGCCCGCCACCCCAAACUUUGAGGAGCGCUCCGUGUCGGACAUUGGCACGUCGGCCAGCGACUUUGACAGCACCGCCAACUCCCUGAAUGAGGCGGAGGACCUGGGAAUGAGGGAGCGGAGAGACUCCGGGGUGGGCGCCUCCCUCACCAGGCCUUGCAGGAAGCUUCGCUGGCACAGCUUCCAGAACUCCCACCGACCUAGCCUGAACUCGGCUUCCUUGGAGAUCAACCGCCAAUCCGCCGCCCAGCUCAACCUCCUCCAAAAAUGCUCCCUCCUUCGCCUCACAGCCAUCAUGGAGAAAUACUCUGUCCCCCACAAGCAGAGCUGGUCAUGGGCGGUCCCGAAGUUCAUGAAGAGGAGCAAGACCCCCAACUACAGGGACAAGAGAGUCUUUGGGGUCCCACUACUCGUCCACGUCCAGAGGACUGGACAACCGCUGCCCCAGAGCAUUCAGCAGGCAAUGCGCUACAUACGCAGCCAGUGUCUGGACCAGGUUGGCAUUUUCCGUAAGUCUGGGGUCAAGUCCAUUCAAGUUAGGAUGGAGCCUAGAAGUGAGCACAGAGAGGGCAUUUGGCAGGGCAGCAGAAAUACGGGUGUCCCUUCUUCUGCCUCUGUGGACAACCGGCUUCUCCUCCAGCACCUUCAAGCAGCCAUCCAUCUUCUCGAUCAAACUCUUCUCUCCUCCUUCUCAUCCUCAGAAUCCCUCUUCCCUCUCGACAUUGCCUCUGUGAAGAAGGACCACAACUUCUUGGACCAGGAUUCCCUCAAAUCCCUCUGCAGGAGACUCGUGACACUGAACUCGUGCGCCUCGAUGAAGCUGGAGGUCCACUUUCAGCGGAAACAGAAUGACGACUCGGGAGACGAGGACUUCUGUGCCAUCAGCGAUCGGUGGGCUUUCCAGAGAGACAGCCGUAGGUGGUCCCGAAUCGGCUCCAACGAUUUCCUCUCCCGCAGCCCGGAGGCAGCCUCCACCAUGAGGAAGCUGCCCAGCCAGGAGAGCAUCCUCACUGACCUGAGCGCUGAGCUGGAGGCCUCCUCUCUCCACAGCGACCCCCCCAGCACAGGCGAGUGUCCUGCUCUCCCUGACCCGUCCUCCACCCAGGAUUCUCUGACCUUGACCCUCUCCAUCCCCAGCUUGGAGGAACCCUCGCCCACUGACCAGUCCCAGGACAUGAGUGGGACCAGCAAGGGGGACACCAGGAAACGCCGGACUCGGAGCUUCCUCAGGAGGAUUGAGUCCCUCAGGAGGAAGGACAAGGAGAAGCUGGACUCUGCCAAAGCCCAAAAAGAGGAUGGGGCAGAUGCCGAGUCCUGGUGGAGCUCCUCAAAAGAACCAAGAAGCGGGGUGUCGCCUUCUUCCUGCGGCAGCAAAACGCUUCCCUCAAGAGGGCGCCGGGCCAACGGGGCCUUGGGCCCAGCUGGGGAGCAGCCCAAACAUGGUAGCGUUUACCUGGAGGACUACGAGGCAGGCCGGGGCAAGGGCACCCCCUGGGAUGCUGGCGGAUUGGGCCACCACGACCUGUUCGAAAGGGACUAUUUGGUCCACAUCCCCAGAGACUACAAGCCGGGCACUUUCCCCAAGUCUCUCUCCAUUGAAAGCCUGUGCCCGCUCGAGAGCGGGUGUUUGCCUGACUGGAAAUCGAGCGGCCCGGCUUCAGGUCUCUUGCCAGGUGGGGUUGGGAUGGGCAGCAGGACAGGCGAGGCCUUGGAGUGCAGGCUGAGGCGGCCCUCAUGUGGCUCCACAGGCAGCUGCACCAGCCUCUAUGACAAUGUGCCCGAGUCCAGCAGUGUCACGGACGACCUGUUUGGCCUGGACAGGGACGUCAUCUACGAGAACCUGGACGAGAUCCUGGAGCACGUUUGGGGGCUGCAGAGGAAGGUGGAGCUGUGGUCCGAGGCCAUCCAGCUGGACCCGGAGGGCGGAAGCAUCGGUGGCGGGGAGGAGACGGACUCCGGAGGGGAGCCCGCCACCCCAAACUUUGAGGAGCGCUCCGUGUCGGACAUUGGCACGUCGGCCAGCGACUUUGACAGCACCGCCAACUCCCUGAAUGAGGCGGAGGACCUGGGAAUGAGGGAGCGGAGAGACUCCGGGGUGGGCGCCUCCCUCACCAGGCCUUGCAGGAAGCUUCGCUGGCACAGCUUCCAGAACUCCCACCGACCUAGCCUGAACUCGGCUUCCUUGGAGAUCAACCGCCAAUCCGCCGCCCAGCUCAACCUCCUCCAAAAAUGCUCCCUCCUUCGCCUCACAGCCAUCAUGGAGAAAUACUCUGUCCCCCACAAGCAGAGCUGGUCAUGGGCGGUCCCGAAGUUCAUGAAGAGGAGCAAGACCCCCAACUACAGGGACAAGAGAGUCUUUGGGGUCCCACUACUCGUCCACGUCCAGAGGACUGGACAACCGCUGCCCCAGAGCAUUCAGCAGGCAAUGCGCUACAUACGCAGCCAGUGUCUGGACCAGGUCGGCAUUUUCCGUAAGUCCGGGGUCAAGUCCCGGAUCCAGGCCCUGAGGCACAUGAAUGAAGCUUCUCCAGACCACGUGAGCUACGAGGGCCAGUCGGCCUAUGACGUGGCCGACCUCCUCAAGCAGUACUUCCGCGACCUCCCAGAGCCCGUCUUCACCAGGAAGCUGAUGGAGACAUUUCUGCAGAUUUACCAGUUUGUGCCAAAGGACCAGCGUCUGCCAACGGUGCAGGCAGCCAUUGCUCUGAUGCCCGACGAGAACCGGGAGGUGCUGCAGACAUUGCUCUACUUCCUGAGUGACGUGGCCUCCGCCCAGGAGAACCAGAUGACAGCCGGGAACCUGGCGGUCUGCCUGGCCCCCUCUGUUUUCCACCUCAACGUCUCCAGGAAGGAGAGCACUUCUCCCAGGUGAGGCGGAUGAUUUCACAAGCGAGCCACGAUGGGCAAACCGGACCACAAGGACCUGAAUGAAAACCUGGCCGCCACCCAAGGCCUCUCCCACAUGAUCACGGACUGCAAGAAACUAUUUCAGAUCCCCCAGGACGUGAUGCUCCAGCUUUGCAACUCCUACUUGGCAGCGGACACCCAGCCUCUCUCCUUCUCUGAGCUGAUGGGGGAAGGCCGGGAUUCCCGGAUUGACUUGGAAGUCAGUAUCCAAAGCCUGCUCAAGGAGUCCUUCGACCGCUUCAAGGGGUGGCUUGGCAUGCCUGGACCCCUCAACACGGAGAUCUCGUGCAAGAAGGUGGGGGACGUGCACCCCCUGCGCCUGUGGAAGGUGUCCACGGAAGUAGAGGCACCCCCUCAGGCGGUGCUUCAGCGGGUGCUCCGGGAACGGCGCCUGUGGGACGAAGACCUCCUGCAGGAGAAAGUGAUGGAGGCCCUGGACCACAACACGGAGGUCUACCACUACGUGACGGACAGCAUGGCGCCUCACCCACGACGAGACUUCCUCGUCCUCCGAAAAUGGCGCUCAGACCUGCCCCGAGGAGGCUGCCUCCUCGUGUCCUUAUCCCUGGACCAUAAGACGUUGCCCCUGGAAGGUGGGGUCCGGGCAGUGGUCCUGACCUCCCAGUACUUGAUGGAGCCCUGUGGGAUGGGGCGCUCCAGAGUGACCCAUAUCUGCCGCGCAGAUCUCAGGGGACGGUCUCCAGACUGGUACAACAAAGUUUUCAGCCGCCUCUGCGCCAUGGAGCUGGCCAGGAUCCGAGACUCUUUCCCGGCACUCGACCCAAGUGGUCCAGAGACAAAGAUCUGAAGGGGGCUUCUCGCGCUCUUGGAUGCUCUUGGAAUGUGGAGUGGUUUCAGCCUUCGCUAGAGGGGAGGAGCUUUUCCAGGUGCCUGAACACCUGCGAACUGAGCAGCCUCUGCCCCUCCUGUCCAGAAACGUCAGCUCUUCAAGGCUGAGCUGCCCCGAGGAGCAGAAAGGUCUCCUCCAUUCGUGAUGGCGCCCUUUCCUGGUUGAGCAGCGUGCUUCAUGUCUGGGAAGCCAUCUUGGAGGUUCCUUCUCAAAGCCUCUGAGGGCUGUCCGUCCACUCCCCACACCACCAAUGGAUCCAGAUACCCAUUUAGCUGUGAUUCCUGCAUUGCAGGGGGUUGGAUUGGGUAACCCUUGGGGUCCCUUCCAAUUCUACAAUUUCAGGGGAAAGGAGAAGAGCUGGGCCACAGGGGUGGAGGUGGGUGAGAAGCAUCUCCACCUGCAAAUCUUCUAAGGUUGUGGGCUGGCAAGGAGGUCCACCACCAGCCAAAGGAAGACAGUCCUAGGCUAGGUGAACCCAACCGUCUGAUCUAGCUAAAUAAACUAGUUCUGGGUUGGAUCUGAUGACCCUCAAGGUCCCUUCUCCCAACUCUACAGUUCUGUGAUUCUGUGACGGCAGCAUUGAUGGAGAUGGCGUGCAGAGGGAUGCCAGAGGAGGGCAAAGUUGUCUACAGGAGUCAGGGGAUGACGCUGCAGGGAACAGGGAAGGUUAGUUGGCGGUCAAGUGUGUGUAGGAGGCAUUGCAGGAUGAACAGCCAUGUUGUAGCACAUGGGGGCAAGAGUGUAUGUACGUGUGUAGGAGAGGGAGAGAGGGAGCCAGGAAAACAUUGUUUUAUUCCUAUUUGCUGCCAUCAUUCCUGCAUGGCAGGGGGUUGCGCUUAGAUGACCCUCAGGGUCCUUUCCAACCCUAUGAUUCUUAUCACAUGAGUGGCACAGAACUGGAAACUAAGUCCAGGUGUUUCCACUUUUGCACCAGAGACCUUUCACUUAACAUGACAAAGAGCCCAUUGGCUCAGAGAUAUUUGAUGCUAUUCUUGGCAAAACCAAAGGGCGAUGGAUGCAGAUGAGUGUGACCAAAGCCUGGGGUCUUGUGUCCUCUGAGGACUCGUGUCUUGCUCUUGAAUGCCAACUACAUGAUUCCAUGGGGGGGGGAGGAAAAGAGACGUCACUGCAUCCUCCAUCAGAUGCCUGUGGUUCUCUGAUCUUUCUAAAUCAAUAGUUUGACAUUGGCUAACCUUGGCCUGUAAGUAACCCAGUUUUUAUUUUAUUUUUCCGUAACCGGGGGUCCAACUGACUAGGCAGCAUUCCAGCUGGAAGGCAUGAAAACUUUUCCAAUUUUUGUUAGAGAUCUAACGGUGUCUGUUCUGCAGGUGAUCAAUUCAACGGCUCUUGUCAACUCUUGCACUGCAGAGGAUCAGACUAGGAGACUUUUGGGGGAGCCUUCCAACUCUUACAAUCCUAUGGUUCUGUAAAUCAUUGGAGGUUUUUAAACCGAGGUUGGAUGGCCCACUGUCAGGGAUUCUUUAGCUGUGAUUCCUGCAUCGCAGGGGGUCAGACUAGAUGAAACGUGGGGGUACCUUCCAACUCUAUAUUCUUUGGAUUCUGUGAACUCAAAUAGAAAUAACUGAUGUAACAUUUGUGGGGGUAUUUUUUGUCUUACUAAUACCUUGGGGGGUGGGGCUGUUAUUUCUCUAAUCAGUUUUUCCUCUCGCACCUAUAAAUAUUGUACAGUUGUAAUAUUUAAUAUAUAACUUGAGUGGGAGAGCAUUUGGACAGAGGUUCUGUGUGUGUGUGUGUGUGUGUGUGUGUGUGUGUGUGUGUGUGUUUGUAUGUGUGUGCGUGUGUGCGAGAGGAAGAAGCGUAUUUUGUAUUUAAAGGGUUUUUUGUACUAAAGCCGUUGCGGGGUGUCAAAAGGAGAGAGGAAACUCCCUGUCUCUGUGUAAUAAAUAAAGUACUAACCUGGUCA